AUGGAAGAAGCAAAACAAUAUCAAGAAGAUAUGAAGAAGUUCCCGAUUCCGGAGCCGGAGUUGGUUCCGGUUCCGGCUAUGGUUUUUGUUGAACCAUCAUUCAUCACAUGGCAAAAAUUAGGAGAAUCAAUGAAGCAAAAGUAUGAGCAACCAUUGCAUUACCUAACACAAAUCCUAUUGAAGCAAUGGGAUGAAUCAAGAGGCAACAAUGAAGAGAUGAUGAAGCCGCCUAUUGGCAACGCCAUUGAUUCAAGCAGAGCUGAAGCUAGUGUGUGGGUUAUUGAACAAUUUAAUAGGCAAUUUGCAUCCCAUCAUUACAUUGCUAAACUUUGGAUUUCUGAUCCAAAUUAUCACCACGUUGUUGACAAUUUGCAAAAUUAUUCAUCCCCUUAG